AUGUCUAUCGCCCACGGAAUUCGUACGCUUGGUGUUCUCGGUGCUGGACAAAUGGGAACAGGCAUCGCGCUCGUCUCGGCCUUACGCGCGAAAGUGCCCGUCCUAUUGCACGACAGGUCGGCGGAACAAGUCAAGAAGGGCCUCUCUCUGAUGGAUAAACUGCUUGCAAAAGAUGUCGCGAAGGGACGUUUGACAAAUGAGGAGGCUAAAGAAGCUCGGGAUCGCGUCUCGGUGGUGGGCGUGGAUGCAGGAAUCCAGGGAUUGAGGGACGUCGACAUGGUCGUUGAGGCCGUGUCGGAGAACCUUCAAUUGAAGCAAGCGAUCUUCUCGUCUUUUGCAGCUGAGCUGAAGCCCGAAGCCAUCCUUGCCACCAACACAAGUUCCAUCAGUAUCACGAAGAUAGCCGCAUCGGCCUUACCUACGGGUGUUAGUGCAGCCAGUGAAGAAGGAAAGAGGAUUGCUUCUCGCGUCGUAGGCUUACACUUCUUCAACCCUGUGCCUGUCAUGAAAUUGGUUGAGCUUAUCUCUGCAUUGCAAACGUCGCAAGACACACUCGACCGAGCACGAGCGUUUGCUAUCGCAUGCGGCAAAGAGGUUACAGUUUCGAAAGAUGUUCCAGGCUUUGUAUCGAAUGCUCUAUUAAUGCCUUUCAUCAACGAGGCUAUAAUGUGCCUCGAAAAGGGCACCGCCACCCGCGAAGACAUCGACACCACACUGAAACUCGGAAUGAACCACCCCAUGGGUCCUCUCCAACUCGCUGAUUUCAUUGGCCUCGAUACCUGCCUUGCGAUUCAGCAGACCCUGUAUGAAGGCACCCGCGACUCGAAAUACCGCCCCAGCCUCCUCCUCCAGCAGAUGGUGGAUGCCCAAUGGUAUGGGCGUAAAAAUGGCAAGGGCUUCUACGAGUACGACAAAUAG